GAGGCACUGAGAGAGAGCAGGAGGAGUGUGGUGUAAAUUGUCCUAACGUCUCCAACUGUUGAUGUGACACACGGAAUAUAGGCAAAUCAUUUUGAUUCACAAAUGGUGCAAUCUACACAAAUUGGAUCCCUGAAUUCAUGUGCUAUAUAAUAUAUGUUGGACUAAUUAAGAAGUGACAAGGGCAAUGCAAACCUAGAGGUGUUUUACCCUGCAUCAAUGCAGCACACCAGCCAAGACAUUGACUGCUGAUCACAAUGUUAAUAUCCAUUCUGGAUCUAUAUUCUCUAGCUGGAUCUUCACACUCUAAUAGGCAUUCUUCAGCGGAAUUUUGUGACUCAUUGAAGACACCGUGAGCCAAGGCAAGCUAUUGCAUUAUAAUCAACUGAGAGAAAUUGAGAGCGCCGCUCAUUGGUAUUACCAGCAGCACUUUGUGCUAACGCCGAGUCUUGUGGCUUUUCAGAUUCUGCAAAGAUACAAGGAUAAAUGAAGAGAGAAAAUGUGAUGCUGUUUGGAGCGAAACAUAUCUAUAAGACCACAAACAGCCAAGCAGUUUCUUCUGGACCCUGCAGUUGCAUCCUGUAGAAACAGAGCUGUUUCUGGGCGUUCGGUGGAAGAAGAAGACAUUUCAUUUGAAUUCUAGCGCUGCACAGCACCAUCGUUUGUAAAGAAAAACGUAUACCUACAGGCUGCUGUCCUUGUGCAGGAUUCCUCUUUAUUUUCUGUAUCACCGUGAACCGACUUUUCUUCCUGAUGACAUUGAAGUGUACGAAUGAUCAUUUUGUUGCAAAUAUCAACAGGUUUAAAACGACAACAAAAAUCUAAAUACUAAUCCGCGCGCACUUCAUAAGGGAUGUACCUUUCUAUUUUCUUCUUCCUGCUGCUCUGGGCUCGAGCCCUAACACUGAAAAACCUGAAUUAUUCCGUCCCAGAGGAACAAGGGCCCGGGACCGUGAUUGGGAACAUUGCCAAAGAUGCCAGGCUUGUAUCUGGAGACCGAAACAGGAAAUCUAACUUUCGAGUUUUGGAAAAUUCAGCCCCACAUCUGCUGGAUGUGGAUCCUGAAAGCGGACUGCUGUAUACUAAGCAGCGGAUCGAUAGGGAAACACUGUGUAGGCGAAACCCCAAGUGCCAGCUCUCCCUGGAAGUGUUUGCCAACGAUAAAGAGAUCUGCAUGAUUAAAGUGGAAAUCCAGGAUAUAAACGAUAAUUCGCCCAGUUUCCCUUCAGAACAGAUCGAUAUUGACAUUUCUGAGAACGCAGCACCGGGGACACGCUUCCCAAUUGCAAGCGCACACGACGCCGACUCGGGGGAAAACGGGUUAAAAACGUAUCAGAUCACCCGAGACGAUUAUAAUAUAUUUUCAUUGGACGUAAAAUCCAGAGGAGACGGGACUAAAUUCCCUGAAUUAGUGGUUCAGAGACCUUUAGACAGGGAGGAACAGAGCCAUCACACACUUGUGUUAACAGCAUUGGAUGGUGGGGAACAUCCCAGAUCAGGGACUGUGCAAAUAAAUGUUAAAGUUAUUGAUUCUAAUGACAAUAGUCCAUUGUUUGACCAGCCCUCUUAUAUUGUAGAAAUACCUGAAAAUGCCCCUUCCGGCACUGUAGUUAUAGAUUUAAAUGCUACAGACCCAGAUGAAGGCACCAAUGGACAGGUAGUCUAUUCUUUUAGUGGUUAUGCACCAGAUAGGAUCCGAGAGCUUUUCUCUAUUGACUCCAAAACAGGUGUUAUAAAGGUUCAGAGGGAAAUAGACUAUGAGGAAAGUGGAAUUAUUGAGAUUGAUGUCCAGGCUAAGGAUUUAGGACCAAACCCCAUUCCUGCCCACUGUAAAGUAACUGUCAAAGUAAUUGAUAAAAAUGACAAUUGGCCCACCAUUGGUUUUGUUUCUGUCCGCCAAGGGGCCAUCAGUGAGUCUGCGCCCACAGGCACUGUUAUUGCCCUGGUAAGGGUUACUGAUAAGGAUUCAGGGAGAAAUGGACAGCUCCAGUGUAGAGUGCUGGGCAAUGUGCCUUUCAAACUGGAGGAAAACUAUGAUAAUUUUUACACUGUAAUUACCGAUAGACCUUUAGACAGAGAGGUUCAGGAUGAAUACAAUGUAACGAUCGUGGCCAAAGACAAUGGAAUCCCUCCCCUCAAUUCAACCAAAUCUUUUUCAGUUAAAAUCUUAGAUGAAAAUGACAAUGCACCGCGUUUUACCAAACCAGUUUACCUUUUGCAGGUGCCUGAGAAUAAUAUCCCAGGGGAGUAUUUGGGGUCAGUUUUGGCACAUGAUCCAGAUUUGGGUCAGAAUGGCACUGUAUCUUAUUCUAUUUUACCAUCGCAUGUAGGAGAUGUGUCCAUCUACACAUACGUGUCUGUGAACCCCACAAACGGAGCCAUUUACGCUCUACGAUCCUUUAACUAUGAGCAAACCAAGUUUUUUGAGUUUAAAGUCCUAGCAAAGGAUUCAGGAUCUCCUCAUUUGGAAAGCAAUGCAACGGUACGGGUUAGUGUUUUAGAUGUAAAUGACAAUGCCCCAGUUAUUGUCUUACCUCUCCUACAGAAUGACACAGCUGAAAUUCAUGUCCCCCGAAAUGUUGGGGUAGGAUACAUUCUAACCACAGUAAGGGCAGUUGACAAUGACUAUGGAGAAAGUGGCCGGCUAACUUAUGAGAUUACAGAUGGGAAUGAAGAGCACUUGUUUGAGAUGGACUCCGUCACUGGUGAGGUGAGAACAGUGCACCCUUUCUGGGAAGACGUUACCCCAGUUGCAGAGCUAAUAAUAAAGGUGACAGACCAUGGAAAACCAAAACUCUCUGCAGUGUCAAAGCUGAUAAUCAAGGCUUACACUGGCUCUCCACCUGAAGGGGAGCCCAGAAUAAACGAGGAACAGCGUCACUGGGACAUGUCUUUGCCUUUGAUUGUCACUUUGAGCAUCGUCUCCAUCAUCCUCCUUGCAGCCAUGAUCACCAUAGCUGUAAAAUGCAAGAGAGAAAACAAAGAGAUCAGAACUUACAACUGCCGGAUUGCUGAGUAUUCUCAUCCACAGCUAGGCAAGAGCAAGAAGAAAAAAAUUAAUAAGAAUGACAUCAUGCUGGUGCAAAGCGAGGUUGAGGAGAGGGAUGCCAUGAACGUGAUGAAUGUGGUUAGCAGCCCCUCCCUUGCCACUUCCCCCAUGUAUUUUGAUUACCAGACAAGAUUGCCCCUGAGUUCCCCCAGGUCAGAGGUUAUGUACCUGAAACCCACCUCUAACAACCUGACUGUUCCUCAAGGACAUGCUGCGUGUCACACCAGCUUCACAGGGCCGGUGACAAGUACAACGGAGACACCAGUUAACAGGAUGUCAAUAAUUCAGACAGACAAUUUUCCCGCAGAGCCCAAUUACAUGGGCAGCAGGCAGCAGUUUGUUCAAAGCAGCUCCACCUUCAAGGACCCUGAACGUGCAAGCCUUAGAGACAGUGGGCAUGGAGACAGUGACCAGGCUGACAGUGACCAGGACACCAAUAAAGGCUCCUGCUGUGACAUGUCAGCCAAGGAGGCCCUCAAGAUGAAAUCAACUACAGUUAAACCCCAGCCUCUCCAGCAAGAGCAAGAAGAGUGCGUUAAUUGCACGGAUGAGUGUCGAGUACUAGGACACUCUGACAGGUGCUGGAUGCCACAGUUCCCCACAGCUAACCAGGCAGAGAACGCAGAUUAUCGCACAAACCUCUUUGUACCAGCAGGUGCUGAAGUGAACGUCGAGACUGAAAGUUAUGAAACCAUGAACACCAAUGGAAAAAAAACAUUCUGCACUUUCGGAAAAGAGAAAAGAGAUCACACCAUUCUUGUUGCCAACGUCAAACCUUACUUGAAAGCCAAGCGUGCUCUGAGCCCCUUAUUGCAAGAAAUUCCCUCAGCUUCAAACAGUCCCAACAAGACAUGUAUCCCAGCAUGCACAUCCACAAGAGGAAUGAUAGAAGGCUGUGAAGUGAAACCUGGCAACUUUGCAGACUCAAGCGCCCAUUACCUGUCAACCAAAAAACAGCUGAAAGACUCCCCAUACCCUCCAUCAGAUCCGAUGGCUAAAGUCCUUGGCGAUGUGCAUUCUCGAGUGAGUCGAGACUCCAGUGAGAUGGACUGUGUGCUGGAGCAAUUGGACCAGGCCAACCCAGAGUUAGGCAGAGAAGCUUUGGAUGCUGAACAGGUUGUGCGUGAAAUCGACAAGCUUUUACAGGACUGCCGCGGAAGUGAAAGAAAGUGAAAAAAGGACACAUUGGCAAUUGUAAUGCGUGUUCGUAAGAAAGGAAGGCUGAUUCAGAAAGGACUUUUCCUGAAGAGGGUUGUUAUACUGGAAUGACAGAAGAUGCUGCUUCAGGUGUCUAGCAAGCAUUUCAAGUGCCCACCAAUUAAUAACUACAGAUCAUCUUUCACAAAGUCACAUUUCAAAAAAUGGACAACAGGUUAUAUUUUGACAAUCGGUGAAAAAAAAUUGACAAAGAUUGGACUCGACGCGGUAAUCACGUUAUGUUAAGAUGGACACAAAUAGCAUUGUCGAUUUCAUUACAUUAAUAUUAAAGUGUAUAAGAGAUAGUGAUAAGGGGGGGAGGCAAAAUGAAAUAGACCUUCACCUGUCAUGAGCUGUUACUUGUGGUUAACUGUACCCCCCAUAUUUAUAUGCCACAUAGAACAUUCCAAAUCCGUGAAACAGUAAAAAAACAUCCUUAUCAUUGUGUGAACACCUCAUGUUCCAUGAACUCCAGAACCUGUAAUGUAUCGUAAUGUCCAUCUCCCUUAAGACACUUGUAAUCCUGUAUAUUGGGACAUUUUUCUUGUACUGUGAAAAAAGAAAUAGUGUCCAAACAUUAAAAAAAAUAUAUUUAUAAUUUUGUAAAAAGCUUUAAAAUUCUAAAGUGCAGUUAAUUGUGAAAUAAUUAUGUAUUUAUGAACUGCAGAGGACACUGAAAAAAAGGAAAAGUCCUUUCACAUUACCACUAUACACAAUAUCAUCUAAUGUGCACAUAUAUCAAAUUUAAUGUGUUUACAUCAAAUUACAUAUUUUUAUUGAUUUAUUGCAAUUUCUGUGCAUAUGAACCAAAUUGUUAAGUGUAUCAGAGCUAUAUUGUGUAUUUUAUUAAAUUAAUAUAUAGUUGUGUUGCAAUAUACUUGAGCUUAUAUUGUAUUUGGCAACUGUUGCCUUAGUAGCUGUCAGACUCUAUGAGUUUCAGUUCAUUUAUUUGCUCUUGUGUCUCUGGGGUUUGGGGAGCAGUCCCUCAAAGUCUAACUGUUUAAUGUUUCAUCCAAAAAAAAAAAAAAAAAAACACAGAAUACAUAAACUGUUCAAAGCUUCACGCCAGCUAAUAAAAAGCAAAAACCUUAUAGGAGAACAUGUCAUUUAUUUAGGCAGCUAAAUUUGUACUUUUACAGUGCGUUGUCUUUUUCUUUUUAAAAUAAAAUCUGUAACAUUUUGCCAUUUUUACAGCAGUGUUGCUUUACUGUAGAAUAGUUAUCUGCCUUCCAAGCAGCUGAACCCUGUUCUAAGAGUGGACUGUGGUGCUCCUGUCAGUUGAGGAUUUUCACAUCUCCUGAUGUACUGCAUGUUUGGUACAGUUUUAUAAAUUAAGGAUCAAAACAGCAUUUAUUUUGAGCAGUUUAUGUAUUAUGAGAAUGUUUUCAUGUCUGUAUUACAUUGUUAAUUUCAAUACAGAAACCUCCAAGACUAACGAAACAUGAUAGAAGAAAUAGAAAUAUGUGGGAUUUCAAUUAAUAUUAUGACAACAGUAGAAGCAGAACAAGGAGUUAGAAGACUUAUGUUUAAGGGUCAUUGUUAUCAGGAAUACUGAACCCAACACCAGGACAUUUUCUCCUGAAAUGUUUGUACACAUGUACAACUAUUAAGAUUGUUGGGGGUUAAAAAACAUAACCAUAACAAAGUAAAAUCUAUUUAAACACUAUUUAUUAAUAAGACAGUGAUUUGUUCUUCACAGUAUGGCUGAAAUGAAAAAAAUAAAAGAGCUCUUAAAGACCUUUUUUUGAACGAAGAAUUAUGCGACAGGUGAAAGUGAAUUCUGAUGAGACCAGUCAUCAGUAGAUCCAUUCUGUUCUAGUUUAGGGUUUAGAACUUGGCUUAGUCUGUCCAGCUCUUUCAGAGUCCAAGAUCCUUCAAGCAGGGAGUUGUAAAACAUUGCUGUGUUAUUGAUGAUAAGCAGACUUCCCUGUGACGCUGUUUCAUUCUGUUUCAACAAGCCUAGAAACAUGAGGUGGUAGCAGAAGAUGGGGCUGUUCAAGGAACUAAGAGAAUAAGGACAGGCCGUUUCUUUAUAGGGGCAGUGCUUAGAACCUUGUUUUUCUCAACUCCUAGAGCUGGGAUUGUUUCUAUUUGUACCUUUUUUUAAAACAGAUAUUUUGCACCUGUUUUCCAACAGAGAAGGUAUGUGUCAAUGUCUUGCCAGUGCAUUGCUUCAGAAAACAGAGAUGCUUCUCAAUAAAUGUGAUUUUAAAGAUUUGGCACAUCUGACAUCCUGUAGAAGGACAAUAAAACAAAACUACAAAAGUGUAACAUUCUGGGCAUAGCAUGCUCCUUAGCUUGGAUUUGCAGCAGACAUCAACCAUAACGUUUCCAGAUGAGUUCACCUAAUUCACAGGUGCUUCACACAGUGGCAUUAUGAAAACCCCACCAUUUCUCCUGGCCACAAGCUACAGUCGUCUUUGGAGUCAGUGGGUUGUCCUGUAAAACAAAUUUAAUUCCAGAAAAAAGGAGAAAGGUUGCCAGUGGUUGAUGUGACAUGGUUUAUUAUAGCUGACUUUCAGUCAUUUGUUGUCUAAUGGAGUAUAAGUUGCUGAGGUCAACAAGUAGUUUGAAAUCCAGCAUAAUAUACACCUCAUCAUUAUUGUGUAGUUACAUUCUUUUGGCAUCAGGCAGGAUUAAUUGGUGCAUUAGUCAGAAGGGAAUUUCGGCUAUCAGGGUUUGUUGAUUUGGAGUGUAAUUGAAUGAAACCUGAUUAGAGUCUUGACUCUUCCAGUCCCUAUUGGUCCAUGGGCUGGUGUUCCACAUUUAUCAGCCCUUGUCACCCCAUAGGGCUUUACGCUACACCAGUCAACUGGUGAAAGCAAAGAGGCAUACAUUGUAUGGAUUAUCUCAACCGCUAUUGUCUAAAGGCUGUGUUUAAUGUGAUUUAUCUGGAAAAUGACGACUAUAAAUAAAAAGCAAUUACUAAUGGUGGUGUCUCCUGCUCUCGCAUUCAUUAAUACUGGGGACAUGUGUUAUAAACUACUUUCCACUGGGAAUCUGAUAGUAAUUACUUUUGAAAUGCAACUUGUAGCAUGGUAGUUUUACAGCUAGUUAGCAGGUUACCAAAGAAUGACAUGUCUUUUUAUGUUUCAUCAGGGAAGUAUAAAAGUAUUACUGUUUAACAGGCCAAUGUUAUGAAAAGCUAUAGAACCAGAAAGUACUGUUAUGUUAUGGAGGCAUUAAUAUCACUGGUGAUACCACAAUAUGCCAUCUCUCGAUCAACUGGUGAUAAAGUUGGAGAUGGAGAAGUUAUCUAUGAUAGUACAGCCUUUAACACCUGUGUUUUGGCUGAUGAGUCUGAAUUUAUCUUAUUAGUUCAGACUCCCACCAAACAGACAUCCCUGUCUGAAGCUAAUAUAUGCUAAAUAAGCUAUUAAAUGUUGUUAUGCAAGUCAAGCACAACAGAUCCUUCCU